AUGCUGCGCCACCGUGCUUGGCAAAUGGGCAAAUACGCCGUGGUGGGAUCUGCCCUCGCCGUGACGGGGGCAUGGGCCAAGCCCCAAAGUCACCUUUGGUGUCAUGAUGCCCAACGCAGGAAACUCACAGUGGCAGAACUGAUGGCUUUGAAGGGCAAGCGGCAGAUUGUGUUGACCACUGCCUUUGACGAGUGGACGGCCAGGGCUGCAGAGGAGGCGGGCGUGGACAUGAUCGUGGCCUGGGGCAGUUGUCAAGAGCACAGCAAAUUCGUGGUGCAGGCGGUACGUCGCGGGGCGCCCAAUACGUUGAUCGGCACGGGGAUCAAUCCCGGAGCCUAUGAAAGCCAAGAGAAUGCCUUGAAACUCGCCAAUGAAAUGCGGGCUGCUGGUACGGACAUCAUUUAUUGCUCCGGCCUAGUUCCUGAAAAGUUUGCCGGAUUGGCGCGGCAGCAUUUCCCAUGUUGCGGCCAUGUGGGCUACCUGCCGGUGAACAACACCUGGUUCGGUGGCCCCCGCGGUGUCGGCAAGACGGGCCUGGAGGCCAAGCAGGUCUUCGACGACGUCAUGGCCCUGGAGGCCGCCGGUUGCAUCGCGGUGGAGAUGGAGUGUGUCCCUGCCCGGGUGGCAGCGGAGAUCACUCAGCGAACCAAGAUGCUGGUGUUUUCCAUGGGUAGCGGUCCUCAUUGCGAUGGGCAGUUUAUCUUUUCGGAGGAUUUGAUGGGCACCAACCUGGGUCGUUAUCCUCGGCACUCCAUCACCUAUGCCAAUGUCAUGGCCGAUGCAGUGGGCGCGUUAAAGCAAUUCUGCCGGGAUGUUGCCAGCGGUGCAUACCCCGAGGCAAAGCAUUGCAUCAAGAUCAAAGAUGACGAGUUUGCAGCUUUCCUGAGAAGAGUGAUUCGGAUCUUCUUCGACAGCGUAGUGGUGGUGGACAACCCCAAUGCACUCAUCAGGAUCUAUCCUAAGGUCUUGGAGUCUGUCUGCAAGGAUGCCGAGGCCAAUCCACAUGUCUACUAUCCCUGGGAUACGGGCACCGGUGAUGUGGAGGUGGCCACCAAUCAUCGGGUUGCAACGAGGAUGGCUCCCGGCAUUCCAGUGCGUGCGGUGUGUCAAGUUCAUCGUGUGUCUGAUUCUCUGGUCAAGGUGACUUUCCUGUUGGAUGCCUCAAUUUUGGGCUCCAUGCUGCAUCCCGCCUUUGCCGACGCCUUCUACAGCAAGCCCGGUGGACUGGAAGCGGUGCCAUAUGUCGAAGAACUCACCCGCUUCCACGUGUUUUGCGACGGCAUCUACGCCGAUUCCCAGGAGAAGCCCUCAGCGGCCCGUGCCCGGCGCGAACGUCGCAAGCGGCAGGGCACAGUGCAAACGCCCAUUGUGCCCGACAUCGUGGAGGAAGAAGAUCUAUCGCUGCGCUGUGAAGCUUUGCGUAUCCAACUCGAUCGCUUUCAGGCGUCUGAAGCCGUUGGAAUGGUUUGGCCCUUGUCGCGCCACUCCGUGGGCUGUCGGUUGAUUCAACGUGCUUUGGAGGUGACCCCGGCCUCCUUCGCGGAGCAGCUGGUCAUGGAGCUGCGGGGCCAUGUGAAGGACGCUGCCUCGUCGCCGCAUGCGAACUACGUCCUGCAGAAGGUGAUCACACAGUUACGCCCACAUGCAUCCAGCUUCAUCGCGGAAGAGCUUUUGGACAGCGGCGCGAGGUUCGCGCGCCACCGUUUCGGCUGUCGGAUUCUGUGCCGAUUGUUGGAGCAUUGCACCACUGAGGGCUCCACUCAAAGGCUGAUCUCGAAGAUUUUGGAAGAUCCCUCAGAAGCCUUGGAACUUUGUCGUCACAACUUUGGACAUCACGUGGUGCAGCUGGUCUUGGAACGUGGACAUCCCAGGCACAAGGAGUUGGUGCUGCAGGUGCUAUACAAAGACUUGGCCACCAAUGCCGCACACCGCCGCGCCAGUUAUGUGGUGGAAGCCGCCCUGAACAACUGCGCGCCACAGGGUCAGUACAACUUGUUGCAUCACCUGCUCCAGCCAUCGGUACUCUAUGAGUUGUCACAGGCUCGCUACGGCCUCUACGUGGUGAAGACGCUUUUGAAGAGACCUGAGGUAGAUGCCAAUGGUAUGGCUCGUGCCAUUCCAGCAGUGGCUGAGAUCAUGAAAAAGAUUGCUGCCAACCCAGUGGAUGAGCGCAUGGGAUAG